UUUUACAAAAAUGUAACAUAUUAUUACCUAUCAUCACGGGGAAAUAUAAAGUAAUGUUAUUUAUUACACUUUACACUGAACUUUAACUAUCUUUUUACUUCGGUAAAUUUCGAAAUGGUUCGGGUUGUGACUUUAAAUUUUGUGAACUGAAGGCUAUCCCUAUAUGUAGUACUGAACGCACACAAAUAUAAAUAAAAACAUCAGACGUCAUACAUUCUACUUUUCCUUCUGGUGAUUUGUAUUCUGCGAAGUGUGAAUUUAAUUUCUUUAUCUAAUAAAAGGAGCGAGCGGUCUGCAGACAUGGCCAGCGUCCCACUGAUGACGCCCGACGCGGAGCUGGGUGGCAAGCCGGGCAUCCUGGACGACUUCGCGUACCGCAACAACGUGCACCAGGCCAGCCUGCACGUGCGCAUGGGGUUCCUGCGCAAGGUGUACGGCCUGCUGGGGGUGCAGCUGCUCAUCACCACGGCCGUGGCGGGCGUCUGCAUGCUGCAGGAGGACGUGAAGGCCUUCAUACACUCCAAUGACUGGCUGCUGGUGUGUGCCUUCGUGCUCAGCUUCGUGUUCCUGGUCGCGCUGCACGUCAAGAGGCGGGAGUUCCCGGCCAACCUCGCCCUGCUCGCCGGCUUCACGCUGGUGCAGGCGUACUCGGUGGGCGUGUUGGUGACCUACUACGAGCAGGCCGUCGUAUUGCACGCCCUGCUGCUCACGGUGGCCGUGGUGGCCGGCCUGACAGCCUUCACCCUGCAGACCAAGCGCGACUUCUCCGGCCUCGGCGUCGGCCUGUUCAUGGCCCUGAUGAUGCUGCUGAUGGCGGGCCUGGUGCAGAUGGUGGUUGGCAGCACUGCGCUGGAGCUGGCCAUCGCAGUGGGCGGAGCCGUGGUCUUCUCUCUCUUCAUCGUCUUCGACACCCAGAUGCUGAUGAAGUCUCUCUCGCCGGAGGAGUACAUCACGGCGACCAUCACCCUGUACCUGGACAUCAUCAACCUGUUCCUGCACAUCCUGCGGGCCCUGGAGGCCGCGCGGCGGCAGUAGCGGCCGCUCCCGUGCGUGCGUGACCCUCUUCAUUAUACUCUGUUGUAGCGUCCUUGUGGUGUGCACGAGGCUUCAGGGGCAUGCUUUCAUAUCACAUCAAGUGUAAUGUAAAGAAAAAAAAGGUAGUUUAUUUUCAUUGCAACUACAGGUGUAGGGAAAUUUAAAACCACUAAACAAAAUGGAUUUAAAAUAAAUAUAUCUAUCGUGAAUAUAUGCACAAUCACAUCUGUUUUUUUUUUCUUCAAACAAUAGAAUCAAAAUUGCAUUGUGGAGAAAUAUUUGUAAAUAAACCAAAGAUGAAGAGGAAUGAUUGAUAUGUAUAAAAUAUUUUAUGUAAUUGUUACUAAUAUUUUUUUUUUGACGUUUGUUAUAUCAUUCUUACACACGUCGUGAGUAUCGAUAAUGUAUCAAAUAUCAUUUUCUUAGCUGCAUUCCGAUUUGUUUAAUAAAGAUUGUUACUCUGUA